GUUCGCGUAAAAAUGGCGACAAUUGUUUGUAAUUGAAAGCCAUAUUUUGCAAAGUGAUUAAAAUAAUUCGCGGAUUAAUUCGCAAACCACUUCAGCACGCGAUUCAAGAGCUUGAUUAAGCUCUAAUUAAAAUGUGCGGUUCAGUUGUGCGUUAUCGAUAAUACUGCGUAGUUAGGGGUUGUUAAAGGGGUUAACAAAUUUCGAUUUUUUCGGUACGUACAAUGUGAUUUCCCUAGGAUGUUGCAAAAUGGAAACAAAGAUCUGCAGGACUUGUGGGGGUCUAGGACAAAGUUACGUGGACAUUUUCAGGACGGAGGGGUUAAAAAAUAAAAUCGAAACUUGCCUUCCCAUAAUCGUGUCGCCGCAUAUCCUUCUGCCAGACACGAUAUGCGUAAAAUGUCAAGAAAAUGUCGAAAGUUUCUUCUCCUUCAUCAAAAAAUGCUUGCACAACAUUAUCGUGCUGGAAAGUCAAUAUGACGUGCACGAAUCUUGCUUGAAAUCGAAAAGAAGGAAGGAAAAAAGUUGCACUGCUGAUUUGUCGCUUGUUAGGGAGGAAAAAGGCAGUCAGGCUGACUUUCUCGACAUAUUCAAGGUUACCGGUGAGGUAGAGGGCGGGGUUUUUUUCGUCCCUGAAGUUGGUAACCCUGGAAAAAGUCAUGGCUUGGUCGAUUACGAUGUUGAAAGUGUUAAUAGUUCCGAGGGAGAUAAUGAUGAUGGUAGGGUGGAAAUACCGUCAAAAAAGCUCGAAAUUGACGAUAUUAAUCGGUAUAUUGAAAACGUUUUAGCUAAAACGGAUUGUUCAAACAAGAAAACAUACUUUGACGAUGAAGAAAACCAGUUGAUAAACGAGAUAGAGCAAAGAAAGGGGAGGAAACGCAAAUGGGAGGUAAUAGAAACCCAACCCACGAAAAUCUUUAAAAUGGACCGACGGAAAAGCAACAAACCGAAGAAAUUGGAGCAAAAACAACAGGAAAAUUCAGAUUUACUCCUGCUGAACCUCCCUCAAAUUUGCCUUCUCUGCGACAACAGAUUUGAGGGGGCGGCCGCCCUAGCCGCCCACGUUUUUGAGUUGCACGGUAUAGAUAUGGCGGAAGUGGUGGGCGGGGCCACCAAUGGAGGGGCGGGGGGCGUGGCCACGGAUUCAAACGAACGCUGCUGCUCUGAUAGCGAGAAGAAGAAGAAGAUCCCGAAUUUGGUGAAGAUUUCCGAUUUAAAGCGGGAGGUGCAAGACGACAACCAAACCUCGCAGGACCAAACGGAGGAACAACCCCCCACUUUGCUACCGAGUUUCGUGUGUCCCAUGUGUCCCGCGGUUCUGACGACGAAAUCCGACCUGUUCGCGCACCUACGCGUCAAACACCUCGAAUCGACGUCGCUCAUGUGCGGCAUGUGCCUCCAACAAACCAGCACGCACCUAAAUCUGCGCAGCCACGUGGAAACAUGCGCGCAAAACCACAAUUUUACUUCGCCGUAUCUCUGUCAGAUUUGCUUUUUUGGAGACGACGAUGUAAAUUUGAUGCGCAAGCAUGUUGGGGUGCACCAUUUUCUCGGCGAGAUAUGCUCCAAGCAAGACGUUACGUUUGACGCGAUGGAUUAUAUAAAGCAAGGCCCUGGCAAGCCCAACAUGUUUUUCUGCGAGUAUUGUAGAACAGACUCGUUCGAGAGCUUUAAGGAGUUUUCGGCGCAUCGUAGGCUAGCGCAUUCUAUCUUCCACUGCGAUUUGUGCACAAAAUUGUACGGUAGAAACUCGCAUCUGUGGAAGCACGUCAACAGGUUGCACAAAGGGCACGAGAGCGUCACUUGUCAGCUGUGCUUUAAAACCAGCGCUAGCGAGUACCACUUGCAGCAGCACUUGAACAAGAUACACAGCGCUAACAAGGUUAAAGACGAUUUUAUGUCGCAAAAGUUCCAAGCCUUCGACUUCCAGUCGGUGAAGCAAUCCUUCAUGAAGCAAGAACUCAUCGAGCAACAGAAAUUACACAACCAGAACGCCACCGAUUCUUCCGAUGACGACGAAGACGACAAAAACAAUUUACUGGACGCUCCAAAAGAGAUAGACAGUAGUAGCAACUUGUACACGAACAUUAUCACUAAUUACACCCCUCCGGUCAACAUAGGCGACCACAAGUGCAACAAGUGCGGCAAAAACUUUCAGAAGAAGCCCAUGCUGAAGAAGCACAAGAAGAACUGCAGGCCGCGGCCGCAGAAAGACCUCCUAACGCGUUGCAAAAGUUGCGCGAGAGUGUUCAAAGACCGACAAAGCUUGACGAAGCAUUUGGACAACUACCAUUCGGAGUACUCGUGCGAGAUCUGCCAUGUUCAGGUGCAAAGCAAGUGCGAGAUUGUGUCGCACAUACGAUUCAGCCACCCAAAGUGCCAUUUAAUAUGCAAAAUUUGCGGCAACAUUCUUAGAAGUAAAGAGGAUUUGAACAAACACGUUCAGAACCACGGUGAAAGCUUCAUAUGCCAGUUCUGUGCGGAUUCUAUACCGAGCAAAAUCAAGCUGAAAAUGCACGUAUUAAGUCUGCACAGAAAGAUAUUGAGCUUAAGUUGCGGCGUGUGCCUCAAGCUAUUCGAAACUCAGCACAUACUGAGAGACCACGUCAAGUUGGUGCACAAAGAUCAACUUUCGCCGCUCACUUCAUGCACCGUGUGCGGUAAAAACUACGGCUCGAAAUGGAAGACCUUCGACCACUUGAACAAAUCGCACGGGAAGAUAUUCAAAGCUUGCCGCAUCUGCCUGGAAGUCUUCAAUAACGAGGAAGAAUUGAUUCUGCACGGCGAGACGGUUCACCAGAACGGAUCGCUAAAGAGUUUGAGCAGAAUAAAGAGCGAAAACCACGAGAAAAAGAAGAACGACGAAGACGAAGCGCAAAACGACACUGAAGACGAAGAGGAAGAAUACGAAACCCAGGACGAACCAGAAGAAGAAGACGACGUGAAAUACGUCUUGACGAACGACCUGAAAAUAUCCCUGCUGGAGAAACGUUUGGUGGGGAAAAAGUUGACGGAGGAAGACACCAAACCGCUAUCAAAGCGCGCCAAAAAAACACCCAAAAAAGAACCAAAAAUCGCCGAUGAAGAUACGUCGUAUUUAAACACCUCCAACACGCUUCAGAACAGCUCGAAACGAACCGUCUACGUCAACAGCAACGAUCCAAGCUACUGCGAAAUUUGCUUCAAGAAUUGGCCGGCCAAGAAGCACCUGUGGCAGCACUACAUCAGGUGUCACAAAGCUGUGGCGGCAACAGUGUGCGGGAUUUGCUUGAAGACCAACGACAACUACAAGACUUUACAGGUGCAUCUCCAAGAGAACCAUCCGACUCUUCUCCACGGUCAAGGCUUCGGUUCGAAUUUUAUAUGCCGGAUAUGCGGUCGAUACCACAACGCCAGUUCCAAACUGCGGUUGCACAUGGCGAUACACGAGAACUUCGAUUGGGGAAUCUUGUCGGAAGAAAACGACAAAAAAAACGAAAUCAAAACCGAGAACAAGCGCAGAGAAGCAAACGGUUACGGUUACGAUUACGAAAACGACGAAGACAUAGAGCUGGAAAUGAAGUACGAAAACGACAUCAACUACGAGGACGACAUCGAGCAAGUCGAACUGUCGGAAACGGAAGUGGUCGACGACGAAGAAGAAGAAGAAGAUGUGGACGUCAUCAAGCGGGAAAUCGACGAGGAAGACGAAGAAGAAGCGACUUCGGUCUCCUCUGAAAAUUCGUCGGAAAAAUCCUUGAAAACCACGAUGCUGCAGAACAUGCUGCAAGAGAAUCAGAAGAGGGUCCCGAGGGAAAACGGAAGCGAUUCGGACGCCACCGAAGACGAAUAUCGGGAGAAAAUAAGCGAAAGCGACGAUGAAGAGGACAGCGGAGAUUCCACGGAAAGCACCCAGAAGUACUGCAUCAAAAGCAUUUCAAAUUCGGACACGGGCGACUCUUCGUCGCGACCUGGCAACGCAGGCGCGGUUGCCACGUUUCGCGGCUAUGAGCCCGAAGAACUCGAUUCGGCCAUAAAGUCCAUCAGUUACGACGAAAAUGAACUGGCUUCAGCUGUAGGAAGCAUUUUGUAGGUGAAAAAAAAAAUUCUGCCGAAAACGCAUGAAAUUUUUUUUUUUUUCGGUUUUAUUGAGUUUUACGGCGAUUUAUGAUCUCAAAUUUGUUGCUUGAUUUUAUUUUUUGUUCCUUAUGUUUUUUGUACCAAUAAUAAGAGUUGCGGACAAUUGAAAUUUUUUUGUGAUUUAAUUUUAAUACAUCUUUUUUGUAUUCAAGGUAAGUAAAAAAAGUUUUAAACUGUGUAUUCGGUUUUAAAAAAAAUUAAAAGCUUUAUUACCGUUGGUCUCAUUUUUUGUAGUAUUUAUAACAUAUAAACUUCGACAAAUAAAAUGUUUUUUUUUAGUUGAUAUUUUAACAAUUCAAAUUAGCAUUUAUUUUUUGCUCUCUAUCUCUAACUACACUCACAGGCAAAA